AUGAUUUUUUCACGAUUUGGCCCUAUUAGUAGUUGUGAAAUUAUUCGUGAUAAGAAAACUGGAGAUUCUUUAUGUUAUGCAUUUAUUGAAUUCGAGGAUAAAGACGAUUGUGAAAAUGCUUAUUUCAAAAUGAACAAUGUGCUGAUAGAUGAUAAAAGAAUCAAAGUUGAUUUUUCACAAUCGGUUUCUAAACUUCAUCAAGAUUGGAUUUCUACUAAAAAUAUUUUAAAAGAAAUCUGGAAAUUUCCUUUUGAUAUCAUUGAUGUGGCACUUGUAAAUUCUUCAUCAAAUCAUAGCUAUAGUAAUAGUAAAGAAGUAAAUAAGUUUGAUUGGAUAAUUACUUGUAUAGUUCUUGAUGAUAAUGGGAAUUUUUGGAGAGUUGAGUCACAUAUAAAAGGAGAGAAAAGUGAAACAACAUUUGAUCCACUUAACAAUCAAUCAUCCACAUUCACAUCUGAUACUACUGGAUUAAAUCCGGUCACUAAAAGAAUGCAUCCAAUUGAAUUCUAUGAAAAAGACAUUAUUUACAAAUAUACCAAAAGUAAUAUAUAUUACUUAAUGCCAUAUGACAUUUCAAAUGUUCAUGUAAUUGUUUCUUUAAAAGAUAGUAAAACUUUUAAUAAUAACAGUGAGUCAAAUGAACUACCAAAAGAACCAUUACAGACUUUAACUUAUUCCAUCUCAUUAUCUGAUAUGACAUCAAUAUGGGAACAUGAUGUAGAAAUAAAUUUAAGAUUUUUACAAUUUCCUAUAAUGAUUAAUCUUGGUUUGACAUUUUCACUUCCA